CUUUGAGCGGAGCAGAUCGGAAGUAACGGUUACGGAUUUAGCUCUACGGGCGGAAGGAUAACGCUAAAAGGAUACGCGAUGAGGCAGCUGCUGGUUUACGCGAUAUUCGCGGGAUUGUUUUACUUCUCCGAAGGCAAACCUUGUCCUGAAAAGACACGCCCCCACAAAACGCGCUGUGACGCCUUCUACAAGUGCCGGGAACUGCCCUCGAACUCGCAUGUGUGGAUUCCGGUGAAGUGCAACGAGGGCUUGGUCUACGAGUCCACUCUGGGAAGUUGCGUUUUGCCGGGCGAGGAUUGGGAGUGCAUCACGCCGAGCGAGAUGAGCUCCACUCAGCCGCCGGAUAAAAAGGAUGCCGACAUAUUGAUAGUCAACGACAUGGACGAGGCGGGUUUGAUGUUGCGCGAUUCCAGCCACAAGGACGAUGGCACCGUGGAGAUUGUUUUAGAUUCCACUCUGAGCAGCGAGGAGGAUGAGGAUGCGGCCAAGAGUCCGACGCACUCGGAUGAGGACAUAUCCUCCAGUCACAAUUUCGACUCCAGCGGCGAUGGCGAGCUGGUGGAGCUGGAUUCUCCUGCCGCUUUGAAACCUGAGAAUCGCGAGGAGGUGGAGUCGAAUGAUCUGGAGCACAGAACCGAGGUGGAAAAGCUGAAAACGGAGCUGAAACAGGUGGCUGGAAUCAGCGAGAUAGCCAAGCCAGGAUCGCCCAUCGAUCCCAAUUUAACGGCCCAUCUGCAGAGAUUAUCGCAACUGAUUGAUGGACUGCAGCAGACCUAUCAGAAAACGGAUAAACCGCAGACGGAAAUGCGACCUGAUCAGCUGAACGCCUUUCUGGCGCACUUCGACAUCAAAAACCGCUAUGAGAUGAUGAACCCCAUGGAGCAGACCACUGCUACUACCACUUCCAGUACGACAGAGACACCCAAAACUACGCCGAAGUUACCGGAACCCAAUUUGAACAAGACCCGCCUGCAGGAGCACUUGAGCCACCAUCGCAUGGAGCCGGAGACCAAGCUAAUGCUGUCGAAUGCCCUUCCCUAUUCCGCACACGGCAGCACGGGUCAGGGUUAUGCCAACUCCCAGAUAGUGGUGAAUCGUCCAGAGGGUUCGGUGAUGUUCGCCCUGCCCCCCAAUUACGGGAUGAGCCAGGAACAGAGUGCCUUCUCCCACCAUCAGCCGGCUCAGAGUCACGAGUACAGCGAUCACGAGCCCAAGAUAUCCGAGGACACUCUGAAGACCGUGCUGGAGUUGUCCAAGCAGAUGAUUGCCGCCCAGAACUUGCCCAAGGUGCUGCCCAAUCCAGGAUUCAAUGGGGCCUACUACCAGCCCAUUUUGCAACCCGUUUUCGUCUCUCCCCAGGGGAAUCCCUUCCAGCAGUACUACGGGAUGCCGCCUCCCCUGAAUCCCCACUACAUGCAGCACAAGAAGCACUCCUCGGGAGGCGGUUCCCCGGGCAAUGGCUACAACAAACCCAGCACCACCAUCAUCCACAACAACGUGAUUCCCGUGCACCUGUCCAGCACGAGUUCCGGCGAGAAGGAGGUGCUGGACACGUACGGCAACAGCUUGGGGGUUUAUCCCAGCAUGGACAAGCACGUGAACGGCAACCAACCCGGUGGAAUGGAGUACAUGACCACGGCGAGACCCGUUUCGAUCACAACCACGGCCAGUAGUUACUCCUCGCAGUACGGAUCGCAAUCCCCGUUCGCCAGCGACUACACCUUGACCACUCCGCGUCCCUUCGAGCAGCAGCCCUCGGCUGCCACGGUGGCCACCUACUACACACCGAGUCCGCAUCUCGGCGAGCACAAUGCGAACAGGGUGUACCAGCCCACGGAGAGCUAUCCCUCGAUGAACAUGCCGCGACCCAUGGACAUGUUCCCGGGCCAAAUCGAGGCGGACAGGGUGAGCAUAAGGCCCAACUCGCAGAAAAUCGAAAGCAUGGAGAUGGACGAAGACAUGAUUAAGGCCGCCAACUACCAGGGCGGCUCGGGAAAUGCGAAUGGGAAUGGGAACACUCUUCCUCACGUACUGACCUACAGCAGCGACAUGAGCCAGCAAUUAGCACCUGCGAAUGGCUAUCUGGAGCAGAGCUAUAACCACCAGCAGCAGCAGCACCAUCACCACCAUCCAUAUAUGCCCAGGCCCACGAUGAGCAGCAGCAUUUACAGCGAUUCGGAUGGCAACAUGGAGAUGAACAUGUUCACCAGCAGUCCGAACCUGAAUCCCUUCAAGGCGACUUCAAGCGGUUCUCCGCACGGCCAGUUGGUGAACUUCAACGGCAACUUCAUCAGCCUGGACGUGUUCCAGAAGUCCAUACUCCCGCUGAUGACCAAGUCGCAGUCGGCGCUGAAUGAGCUGGGCAACGUGGAGGUCAUCACCUGCCAGGCGGGAGUGAGGCAGCCCAACCAGACGGACUGCACGCGCUACUUCGUGUGCAGCAAGAAGGACGGGAAGGUCCUCUCCUACUCGUGUCCCCCCUACACGGCAUUCAACAAGCAGACCAGGAUCUGCGAUGCCCCCACCUACGCGCAGUGCGGCAAUGUGGUGCCUGCCUUCAGUGGCUACACAAUAGACACCAAUCGGAGGCUCCAGAUGGAGGCCAUCAAGAUGCUCAGCGAGGCGAAGAGGAGGCAGGAGGCCGCCCUGAAGGCACAGAGCAUUGCCAAUCUCCUCCAGCAAUACGGAAGUGCUCAGCAGCCAACUCCGGGGAUCUCCUCGAACGUAGAAAGCGAUCCGCUGGACUCGUAUGUUGUGAAUCUACCAGAGGUCAACUUGGCCACCACCACCAGCAGACCCACUAUCAUCCAAAGCAGCAGCGGAUUGGCCAGCAGUUCCAGUUCCUCCUCAACCACAGCCAAAAAGAGGAAGUACUACUGCAAGGAGGGCGACAAGAUCCCGGACCAGACCUCCAUCUCCAGCUACUUCGUGUGCUACAAGAACGCCCAGGGCCAGAUGAAGGGCCACAAGAUGAGCUGCUCCAAGAGCCUGCUCUUCUGCCCCAAGACCCUCAUGUGCACCCUCGCCUCCAAGUGCACCGACUAGCUUUAAGCGGACCAUGUUGUUGAGAAUUUUUCCACAAUUGCCACCUUAAGUUACUUGCCUAGAGUCUAAGUUAUUUAUUCUAGUUUUAGUUGAGACCGAAACGAGAUCUAUUAAACUUCUGAA